UGGACUUGGAAACUCCGCCGCCGCCGCCGCCGUCAUCGUGGUACGCCGGUGGUGCCCGCGAUAGCCGCCGCUCGACGCGGUCCGUCGGAACACGCUCGGUGGCCAAAGCUCUCCUCCGGUAACCGCCAUGACCACUUACCUGGACCUCGGGCCGUUGUUGUUUUCGCUGCGCUCCGAGAAACUGGUCGAAGUGCUGUACAGACGGACCGACAGGCUCCAGUCGACCAUCAGCAUGUCGUGCAGCCGCUUUGUGGCCAACGCCAGAAAUUCCGAUUUUUUGUAUGAUGAAAAUGUAGAAUAUGAAAAAUAUAGUGAUGAUGAAUUUGAUUUACAUUCAGAUCAAUUUAAAUUAGGUUCUUCUAUUGAUGAGAAUGGGUCAUUUAAUUUUAAAAUGAAAGUAUACGAAAAAGGAGUAAACAAAAUUAAUGCAGCUCUUAAGAAUAUAGGUUUGGUAGUGUGUAAUUAUAAUUCUAUUCAAUAUAAUAUGGAGCCAUUACAAAUAUAUUAUCAUAAGAAUAAUAUUGCCAGUUACAUUUCAAAUAGAAAUCGUUAUUCACCAAAAUCAGAUAAUUCAAUAGAUAGUCUGGAUAAAUAUUAUUGUGAAGAAAGUGAUUACAAGUCAGUUUCUAAAUCAUCUUUGGAUAAGAAAUUUUACAUAAAUGUUGAUGAGAAUAGAAAUUAUUAUCAAGAUCGACAAAUAACUCCAAAAAGUACAGGAUAUGUGCAUUCAGGAAAAAAAUAUUCUCAUAGAACCAGUAAUCAAAGAAGAUUUUCCAAUAAAUACUGGACAAUAAGGCAUAUGCUAUUUUCAAAAUUUGAACACGGUAUUCUACUGGAUGAUGAAAGCUUUUAUUCUGUAUGUCCAGAGAUAUUAAGUUAUCAUAUGGCAAAACGUUGUAAAAAUGACAUUUCCUUGGACCCUUUUUGUGGUGCUGGUGGAAAUAUAAUUCAAUUAGCAUUUACUAGUAAAUUAGUUAUAGCCAUUGAUAUAGAUCCAUUUAAAAUAAAACUAGCACAACACAAUGCCAAGAUAUAUGGCGUAGCUGAUAAAAUUGAAUUUAUUGUUGGAAAUUUCUUUGAAAUUUUUUCAAUGUUAAAAGCUGAUGUUAUAUGCAUGUCACCUCCUUGGGGUGGUCCAGAAUAUUUGUUUGAUGAGAGUUUUAGUAUUACGUCCAUGUGCAAGAAUUAUAAAUUUGGUGGUUUUGCUAUUUUUGAUAUUGUUAAAAAUAUUGCACCAAAUAUUGCAUUUCAUAUGCCCAAAACCACUAAUAUAUUAGAAUGUUUAUGGUUAGCAAGAUUUUUAGGGAAAGUGGAAAUACAACAGAAUAUCAUCAACCAAAAGGUGAACUCAAUUACAGCAUUUUAUGGAGACUUUAUUGAUUUAACUAACAACGACUAUUAA